UCGAUCCUCUAAAGGCAGUGUUGUAGACUAGGGACUAGAUAGACAGCCCACGCAAAGCGUUCCACCUGCAAAACUUUGCAACAAAUUGCCACAAUACAAUCGCCGUUUAAAUGCAUGUUGGACGCAUGUAACGAAUAAAAAGAAUAUGUCAAUCCCCGUCAUCACUUGGUUACCCCGCAAGUUGCAGGGUGCAUGUAUUGUGCUCAGACCAGGAAUACACAGUCCUUAUACUGCCCUACAAAACAUGGUUACAGAAAUAUCUUCUCGUGAAAAAGGCCCAGCUCCUAUUAUUGAUGACAAAACAGCGUCCAUUAGCAACAGGGAGUCGUUACCGGCAACUGCACAGCCGGCGUACACCGUAUUCUCCAAGGCCCAGCUAAGACAACUGCAAUUACUUCUCGGUAUCGCAACAAUCACGUCACCUCUGACGGCCACGAUAUAUUUUCCCCUGCUACCUCUUUUACGUGCCCAGUUUCAUACCUCAACGCAAGCCAUCAACCUGACUUUGACACUCUACAUCAUCUUUCAGGCAAUCUCACCAGUUCUUUUUGGGCCGUUAUCGGAUUCUUAUGGCCGAAGGCCCUUCUUUUUGCUAACGCUUGGGCUUUAUGUUGUGGGAAAUAUUGGCCUUGCAGCCAACAAGGACAAAUAUACUGUUCUCCUAGUGUUGCGAGCGAUCCAGAGCUUAGGUGCCAGUGCUGCCUAUGCCAUCAGCUUUGGCGUCGUUGCGGAUGUCUGCGAAUCUAGCGAGAGAGGGCGUAUGCUGGGCCCUAUCAGUAUGGCCCUCAACCUUGGGGCAUGCAUUGGUCCCGUAGUUGGCGGCGUUGUGGCCUAUACCAGCGGCAGCUACGUGUGGGUGUUUUGGGCUCUCGUCAUUGUUGGUGUGAUCCUUUUCUGUGGAGUGGGAUUUUUACUCCCAGAAACGGCCAGAAGUCUAGUUGGCAAUGGACGCGAUCCUUCACGGUUCAACUGGUGGCAACUCAGCUGGUUGGGCCUUGUUAGGCGCCAAUUCAAAGGAUUAUCGAAUAAAAGUGAGCUAGAAGCAACUGCUACAGCCACUAAAGCACCAAAGACAGUCGUCCGGGCUUAUGGGCUUGGCAAUCUCUUUGCCUGUCUUCGCAUCAUAUUUUAUAGGGAUACGUUCCUGGCGCUCUGGAUUCACGGAUCUUUCUACACAGUAGACUAUUCGUUUGUAGCUGCCGUGCCAGAUAUAUUUAAGGAUAUAUACGGCUUCAAUGACUUGGAGCUUGGAUUGGCAUAUCUACCGCGAGGCGUAGGUAUCAUUAUAGGUAGCUAUUGCACAGGGAAGAUGAUGGAUGCCAACUACCACGCCAUCACACGGGCCACAGGCCGGACCGAUGAGCGCGUAACAGGCGACGACCUGCUGAGUUUUCCAAUUGAGCUUGCCAGAACGCGCUUCAGCUUCCAUCUCCUAGCCAUCUCGACAGCAACAAUAAUUGGAUAUGGGUGGGCGGUCGAUCGUGGUGCUCCAGUUGCUGUGCCACUCGUUCUCCAGUUCAUCCAAGGCUUCUGGGGAACGGCGUUUUACACAACUUAUGGAGCUCUUCUUGUGGACGGAUUCCCACAUAGCCCCAGCACGGCGGCUGCGGCAACAAGCGUCACUCGGUGUGCCAUGGCCGCGGCCGGAGUGGCGGUGCUUCAGCCGUUGCUCACGACAGCUGGCCGAGGGUGGUAUUUCACCACUUUGGGGCUGUGGAGCGGCGGAUUUGGAGUCUUGGCUGUGAUGCUGCUGCGGUGGAGAGGAAUGAAGUGGCGUCAAUCGAGAAAUGGGAUUAGGCCCGAGAUUCAAUCAGUAUAAGAUGGAAUACAUGAGUUAAACAUUUGCAUCCAAAUAGUAAUUACAUAUAUGGUCAAUCAAAAUAUUGUCCUCCUUUAAGCAUCUCUUCGGCGAACUUAAAGC